UUAGGACCAAGUCACGAACGAACCAUUGAGCGAGCAACAUGAGCCCCCAUCUCAUCGCCAUCCUGCUAGCCACCGUGGCCAUCGGCUAUGCCAGCGCCAAUCCUAGCCUCAUCUCCGGGCCCUCGAGAAUUAUGGAGAUAAUGAGUGCCACCAGCGAAAUGCAGCGGAACAACCCACAACUGGCCUCCGCCUGUUUCAACUACUACGACGGCGUUUUCAAACAGGACUGGAUUCUCUACGAGGAUGAGUACAACCAGUGUGUGGAUAAGUACGAGGGCGGCCAUCAGGAGGUCCUGAAGCGUUACGAUUCUGUGGUCUGGGACCUCAGCAACUCCACCUUCGACGCCUGCAUGUUCCUGCUGGAUUGCGACAACAAGAACGAUAGUCAGAACGCUCUGUCCUGCUACGCCAUUGAGGGUCCCAAAUAUGCCAAAAACUUGACCGCUAUUGGUUCCAGUGCUUCUGUUUUCUACGGCUCCCUGGGACAGGAGAUUGAGCAGCUUGUCUACACCCGUGAGCUGUGCUGCAACACCUCGGCCCGGAACUACGAGAUCCGCUCGGGCAACUCCUACGAGGCUUUCCAGAGCUGCAUGGCGGGAGAGUCUCCUGUGCCACAAGACACCACCACCAGCAGACCCAUCAGCACCACAACUGUCCCACCAACAACCCAAGAAAGCUCGCCCCCCGCCUCAUCCUCAACUGCCGCACCAAUCACAACGGCCCAGCCAAACCAAAUUUCUCAUAUCGAAUCCGACGAAAGGAGCAGCGCCAACAGCAAUCACAGAUUGGCCAGGAAGCUGGAGAGCAUCUACAGACAUGUUGUUUAAAAUAUCUAAAGAUUUUUAAAUAAAAAGUGUACAUAUAUAUUCAAAAAUGUAUUAAGAAAGAGCAA